UCGGUGUCGGAGCCAGCCAUGCGGCGGCUCCUCUCCGGCCGCUCCCGCGGGGCCCAGGCUUCGGCGGCGGCUGUCACGGAGGCGACAGGCCGGGCCGCCCGGGAAGGGGCGGGCGGCGCGCGAGGCCAAGGGGGAGGCUGGCGCAGCUUUGGCCCUCGGUGGGCGCGCAACAGAUGUUUGCAGAAUUGAGGGACAGCGAGGUGGCCUGGAACAUCAAAGAGCGCGGGGCUGGAAGCGACCCAAACCUAGCAGAGGGUCUAAGGAUAACUCUGGGGAUAUUCUGGCCAUGAUUCUCACAGAGGACCCUGAGAUUUCUGCACUUUGAGCAAAGCAAUGUCAAGCGCCGCUGGAUUUGUUCUGAGGCUCCUAACCUAGACAAUGGCUGAGAGGCUCCCGGUGACCUAUCUUCUCUGGGCUGUAGGGGGCCUUUUCAGCCUCCCUCUAUACCUGGAAAGGGACAACCAGGCCCUGCUGUGGAUGCUUAGCCUAGGGGGUGGUGGGCUAGGUUGGUUCUGGGAGUUCUGGAAGCUCCCAAGAUUUGUAGCUCAAGCCAACAGGGCCCAGAGGCAGAAGCAGAAGAUGGGAGAGGGACCCCGCCCCCCUCUGAGUCUCAUUUGCUUUGAAAGUCAGAUGAUAAUGGGCAUCUGUUUUGCCCUGAUCAGUCUUUCCCCCAAGGCCACUAUGUACAUUGUAGGCCUCCCCCUGUCAGUUGGCGUAGGCGUCUUGCUGGUGGCUGCUGUUGACAACAUCUCAGACUUUAAGAGCACUCUAGGCGUGGUAUUCCUUACUUCCCCUAUCUGCUAUGGCUGCCCUGUAGCCAUUCUGCCCAUCCGCUUGGCUGCCAGCAUCACAGCCCAGAAGCAUCACAGAUACAAACCCUCAACAGAGUGGGAAACUCUCAGUGUGCGGCUUGCCCUGAGCUUGACUUACCUCGCUUUCACAGGCCCGAUGGCAUGCAGUGCCCUGUGUAACACAGCAGCCACCUUCAACUAUGUGGCAGAAACCCCUGGCUCCUUCUUGAGUUGGUUCAGCUUCUUCUCCCUUCGUGACCACCUCCUCGAGUGCAUCCUCCCGCCUUUGUGUAUCUGGUGGCUCCUGGUUGGGGAUCCUGGCUCACAGCAGCUUCCAGAAUGGUAGAAGUUCUAUGAGUGUCUUAACAGCUUUCAGGAUAAGAAGCAUCACUGGGGCUGGGGAUUUAGCUCAGCGGCAAAGCGCCUGCCUGGUAAGCACAAGAUCAUGAGUUCGAUUCCUGGUACCUGAAGAAAAAGACAAACAAACAAAAAGGAUAAGAAGCAUCAGCUGGCUUACCAGGUGAGGCUUUCUUCUUUCUCCUUGCUGCCUGGGACAGCUCUGGGGUAAGGAAGGGCCUUGUUGGAGCUGGUGUCCCCCGUGCAGAAGUGCCAUUCUCAUUUCUACUGGCCAGGUCCCAGAAGUGAGUCCUGGCCUCUUCGCACUUCUGUGCACAAUGGGUGAAGUACAGACACUGAUGGUGAGAGGGAGAAAUAUAUGUGUAUGGAUCUUGAGAUGUGGCAUGUAUAACAUACACCGAUUUUAUGUAUUCACCAUGCACACCAAGGUAUGAAACAUUUCCAGCACUGAAAAGCUCCUUUCAUGUUCCUUCCAGUCUGUAUUCCCCUUAGAGGUAACUUCUAUUCUGACUUCCCUCACUAUAGAUUGUGUGCCUGCGUGUGUGCUGGGUGUUAACCCUAAGAUCUCCCCCAUACUAGGGGGUCGCUCCACUGCCCAGUUACAUCUCCACUCCCAGCCUACCACUAUAGAUUAGUUUUGCCCUUUCUUUUUUUUUUUUUUUUUUUUCUAGUGUUAGGGGAUUGAACCCAGGGCCUUGCUCAGAUUUUGUCCAUUCUUGAACAGCAGAUACUAUAAGUAGAAUCAACCAGUAUAUAUAGUGUGUUUGUGUGGUAGUUUUUUUUGAGACAGGGUCUUGCUAUGUAGUUCAGGCUGGUCUUCAACUCACUUU